AUGAGUGGAUUUCUGUUGAACUUGAAGAAUAAAGUAGCCAAGCCUAAGAACGGCAAAAAGGUCUCGCUAAAAAAAGUUGCUGUGAAAUCGAACCUUCUACUGGCCGAAGAAGAAGAUGUGCCUCAGAAGGUCAUCAUCGAUGCCUACAAUUCCGGAGGUGCUCUAAAUGGUUCCAAACUGGUUAAUCAGAAAGAUACUCUUGUUAUAGUUCCUGCAAACUUAAGUACGGGUUUACUUAAAAGCAGGUCAACGCAAACUAAGGAGAACGAAGACAUUCAAGAUGAUGAGGCUGAUAUUGACAACAAUGCAAGGGAUUCGCUUCUAAAAGGCGAAGUAGUGGAAAAUCCUGGAAGUCUAGUACUAAAUGUGAGUAAGAACUCAGCAAGCGUGCUGGAAAAUACUGAAGAAGACUAUGAAAAUGUGCCGGUAGAGGAGUUUGGAGCUGCCCUACUCCGUGGAAUGGGAUGGGACGGAAAGUUGGCCAAAGGAGGAAGUACAGACCUUACACAUCGCCAAAAAGGCUUGGUUCUCGGCAUAGGGUCUAAGCCCGUAGGAAAGGAACUUGAGCAGGAGCUCAUGAUGAAGCGUGGAACUAAGCUUAGUGUGCCGCUUAUACGAAAGGAAAAGGAAUCAGGGAAGUAG